AUGUAUUGUAAAUAACAAUAUCUUUAUAAUAAAAUUAAAUAAUGUAAUAGUUGUGGAAACAACACAGGAUGUGGAAAAAGGAAACACAGGAUAUCAAAUAUUUAUAUUUAUAUUUUUAAAAUACUUGUCUUAUGUCUUAUAUCUUAUGAUUUCUUCUCAAUAUUUCUCUUUUUUUUACAUUAUUGAUACAGUUCAUCGUUUUUUAUGCGUUAAGUUGUUUUUACUAUUUAUAAUAUUCAGUAUUCUUUACUCACUCCAUAUGCAGAUGACACCCUCGUUUAUAUUCUGCACCUACCAGGAAGGUGUUUUCUUUUAUUGGUUAUUGGUGUUGUUUUAUUUGCCGUUCUGGUCUUUUAUUUCUGGAUUUUUAAGUCAUGACACUUGCUCUUCUUGAAUUUCAAUCUCAACCAGGUUGACCUUGUUAGAUAAAGCUUAAAUGAAUACAUUUACCUAUUGCUAUCACAUGCUUCUCCUUCAAGGACACAGUAAAGGAUAUCAGUUACAUUGCAGUAUUGUUGAGUAUGAAGUAUCCUCAGGGUACUGGCAUAUCCAUCUGUGUGCUUCAUAACAGUAGAUCAUCAUUCAACAUUUCUUUCCACAUCUAUGCACUUUAAAAAGAGCUACUUUGUCCUUGCCUCCAGGGUCGUACGGACCCUGUGACGCACAUAACAUGUUCAUGACAAGUGAACCCGUCGUGUGAUGCUACACAAAUAUUCCUCUCCAUCAUGUUUAUCAGCAGGAUGUUCAAUUUCACACAAGACAAAAUGGGACACAUGUUUUGAAAACAACACCAACAUUCCCCUAAUUCAUCAUGCACUAGUCUGCUGUUACUGUCACCACUACUGUGAAGUGCCUGCUAUAGAAUCAAUGUCAGCCUCCUACUACUGCACUGGUCAUCAGUUUCCCCCAAAAGCAACUAUUUGUUGGUGAAGGUGCAGCUCUUUUCCACUGCUCGUUCAGCACAACGCUUGUCAAGUUAAUCUCUAUCUAAUCCAAUUGAUCUGAGGGAGAUUGCACUUAGUGGGUGCUGACAACGUCCCUGUCAUUGAGAGACGGCUGAUUCACUGUCAGUGUCAAACGCCACUUGUUUGCCAGCCGUACCCUCCAAGAGGCAGUAGGUAUUGUUAUGUCAUGAUUACUUGAGACUCGUUUAGUCUUGAUUUUUUUUUCUCCUCAGAUGAGUCAGAAGGAAGUAACACGCGCCAUGAAGUCACUGUUUGGGCUUUAUCCCUACCAUUCUAGCAUGAUUGGCCUAGAAAACCUGGGCGAUCCGUCAGGAAACUGGGAUAUCGUGGAGACCAUCGGUAAAGGAACAUACGGAAAAGUUUACAGAGUGAACAACAAGAAGGAUGGAAGUCAGGCAGCAGUAAAAGUCCUGGACCCAGUCAACGACGUGGAUGAGGAGAUAGAAGCAGAAUACAACAUCCUGAGGACUCUGUCAAACCAUCCUAAUGUGGUCAAGUUUUAUGGAAUGUUCUACAAGUCCGAGAGUCUGUCAGGGGGACAACUGUGGCUGGUGCUGGAGCUGUGCAACGGUGGAUCUGUCACAGAACUCAUCAAAGGUCUGCUCAUGCGAGGCCAGCGUCUGCAGGAGCCCGUUAUUUCAUACAUCUUGUACGGCGCCCUUUUGGGUCUGCAACAUUUGCACAACAACCAGAUUAUUCAUCGUGACGUCAAAGGCAACAACAUCCUGCUGACCACGGAGGGAGGAGUCAAACUGGUUGACUUUGGUGUUUCAGCACAACUGACCAGUGCACGACUGCGGAGGAACACAUCGGUCGGGACUCCGUUUUGGAUGGCUCCUGAGGUCAUAGCCUGUGAGCAGCAGUUCGAUUACUCCUACGACGCCCGCUGUGACGUGUGGUCCCUGGGAAUCACAGCCAUUGAGCUGGCAGAUGGAGACCCACCUCUGGCUGAGAUGCACCCAGUCAAAGCCCUCUUCAAAAUUCCAAGAAAUCCUUCCCCAACAUUAAGAAAUCCAGAUCAGUGGUGCAGGAGCUUCAGCCACUUCAUCAGCCAGUGCCUGAUAAAGGAUUUUGAGGCACGUCCAUCUGCCACACACCUCCUGGAGCAUCCCUUCAUCAAACAGGCCCAUGGCAAAGAGAUGGCUCUACGUCAGCAGCUUGCAGCUCUCAUCCAGGAACAGCAACAAGCGGGCUGCAAAACUAAAACCAAGCACGAGAGGAUCAAUACUCGUAAAACCCUCAUAAUAGAGAGCUGUCCUGAUGAUGAUCUGGUAAACCUGGAGUUUUUAGACGAGGAGACAAUAAUCAGCCACCUCCAUAAGAGGUAUGAUGAGCUGCAGGUUUACACCUACGUGGGUGACAUCCUCAUCGCUCUCAACCCUUUCCAGAGCCUCAGCAUAUACUCUCCAAAGUUUUCUACAUUAUACCAUGGUGUGAAGCGAGGUGACAACCCUCCACACAUCUUUGCUACGGCGGAUGCAGCGUACCAGGGCAUGGUGACCUUCUCCAAAGACCAGUGUAUUAUAAUAAGUGGUGAGAGUGGAGCUGGAAAAACAGAAAGCGCUCACUUAAUUGUCCAACAUCUCACCUUCUUAGGAAAGGCAAAUAAUCGGACGUUGCGAGAGAAAAUAUUGCAGGUGAACCCUCUCGUUGAGGCCUUUGGAAACGCCUGCACGGCCAUUAACGAUAACUCCAGUCGCUUUGGAAAGUACCUGGAGAUGAAGUUCACACCCACUGGUGCCGUCAUUGGUGCCAAGAUAUCAGAAUAUCUGCUGGAGAAGUCCAGGGUCAUCAAACAGGCUGUGGGAGAGAAAAACUUCCACAUAUUUUAUUAUAUAUACGCUGGACUUUACCACCAGGACAAGUUAAAAACGUUCAGGCUGCCUGACAGGACCCCACCCAGGUACAUCGACAGUCAACACUCCAAAGUAAUGCAGGACAUUGUCUCCAGUAAACUGUACAAGGAGCAGUUUGAUGCCAUUCAGGAGUGUUUCACCAACAUUGGCUUCACUGAAGAGGAAGUCAACUCUGUAUACAGGAUUCUCUCAGCCAUUUUAAACACAGGUGACAUUGAAUUUGCUGCCAUCACGUCCCAACACCAGACUGAUAAAAGUGAAGUCCCAAACUCAGAGGCCCUGGAGAAUGCUGCCUCUCUCCUCAGCAUUGGUCCUGAGGAGCUUCAGGAAGCUCUGACCUCCCAGUGUGUGGUCACCAGAGGGGAAACCAUCAUCCGCACCAACACAGUGGACAAAGCUACGGAUGUCCGAGACGCCAUGUCCAAGGCUUUGUACGGACGCCUCUUCAGCUGGAUAGUGAACCGCAUCAACUCCCUGCUGCAGCCUGACAUGAAUAUCUGUGCUGCUGAGAGUGGCAUGAAUGUGGGAAUCCUGGACAUCUUUGGAUUUGAAAAUUUCACAAAGAACUCCUUUGAGCAACUGUGCAUCAACAUCGCAAACGAGCAAAUACAGUUUUACUUCAACCAGCACAUAUUUGCCCUGGAACAGAUGGAGUAUCAGAGUGAGGGGGUGGACGCCAGUCUGGUGGAGUACGAGGACAACAGGCCAAUCCUGGACAUGUUCUUGCAAAAGCCCAUGGGCCUGUUGUCCCUGCUGGAUGAGGAGAGUCGCUUCCCGCAGGCCACUGACCACACUCUAGUGGAUAAGUUUGAAGACAAUCUGCGCAACAAGUAUUUCUGGAUCCCAAAACGUAUGGAGCUUUGUUUUGGAAUCCAGCAUUACGCAGGAAAGGUAAUGUACAAUGUGAAUGGAUUUCUGGAGAAAAACCGAGACACUCUUCCUGCCGACAUCGUGGUGGUGCUGAGGACGUCAGAGAACAAGCUUCUUCAGCAGCUCUUCUCCAGUCCUUUGACUAAAACAGGUAACCUGGCGACAUCCAGAGCCCGAGUCACUGCAGCCUCGAGAUCUCUGCCCCCGCAGCUCAGUUCAGGGCGGGUCAAGUCUCCCAAAUAUCUCCUGAAGGUGGACACCAUGGAGAUGAUGAGACAUCCUGAAGAAACCACCAACAUGAGGAGACAGACUGUGGCCUCCUACUUCCGUUACUCCCUGAUGGACCUGCUGUCAAAGAUGGUGGUGGGACAACCACACUUUGUCCGCUGCAUCAAACCCAAUGAUGACAGGCAGGCUCUGCGCUUCUGUAAGGAGAGAGUGUUGGUGCAGCUACGAUACACCGGCAUCCUGGAGACAGUCAACAUCCGUCGGCAGGGUUACUCCCACCGCAUCGCCUUCGAAGAGUUUGUCAACAGAUAUUACUACCUUGCCUUCCGUGCUCACCAGAUGCCUGAGACCAGUAAAGAAAAUGCUAUGGUCAUACUGGAACGCUCCAAGUUAGAAGACUGGGUGCUGGGCAAAACAAAGGUUUUUCUGAGGUACUACCACGUGGAGCAGCUAAACCUCCUCCUGCGGGAGGUGAUCGCUCGGGUGGUGGUGCUGCAGGCCUACACGAAGGGCUGGCUGGCUGCAAGGCGAUACAGAAAAGACAAGCAGAAGAGAAACCACGGAGCGGUCGUCAUUCAGUCAGCCUGGAGGGGUUAUGUUGCUCGGCAGAACCUCAAACACAUAAAAAAGGAGCGGGAAAAGGCCGCCACUCGCAUACAGUCAGUUUACAGGGGCCAUCGAGUGCGCCGCAACCUUGCACCCCAGAGGAGCAGAUGUCAUUCUGAGGCUGAAGUGAAGACCACCAAGGAGGACCAGACUAGGUCAAACAGCCAAAAGGGCAGAGAGACACACACUGUCCUCAUACACAGAGAAGAUGUUGGCUCCAUCAGCGGGGACAGACAAGUGAGAGACUUCAGGGGAGACAAAGGCAGAGACGAAGACAGUGUAACCAAGACAGCCAGACUGCGAGACGCGCAGAGUAAACAAGGUCCGGUGACAAAGCUGCAGCAGAGAACUCCUCGCCGGCGGGGCCACCAGCCCAAGCUGCUCAAUAGCCCCGAGGACAGCCUUUACUACAACCAGAUAAACAGAACUCUGGAUUACCAGGGGAGCAAGAGGAAGCCCAGAAAACUUGGGCAAAUCAAAGUACUGGACGGUGAAGACGAGUACUACAAAUUACUGUCAGCGGUGGACUCGAUUCCUGAGGAGGACUACACGUCUGCCACCUCCUCGGCUCUUUCUACUGGGCCUCCUGUCAGUCAGGGCUGAACCUUCCAACCAUGUCAACCGAGAGCGCUGCAGGCCGCCACCCUGUACUUGAUCAUAGAGUUUCCCUCUCUCUGAGGCUGGAUUAGCAUCAUGCAGGGUGGGCUGAGAGGAGGUUAAAGAAGACGUGUCCUGCCUUAUGUGACCCCCAGGCCUACCCCACGCACCGCCGAGCCUUUGCUCUUUGCUCUUAAGUAUGCAGAGGUCCCCGGCUUCAUGGACUCGGAAGAGAGAGAGAGGGAGAAGGGUUGUAUCGCGUUGCAGGGGUAAAUUAGUGAGACCAAAGUCGGAGUUUGAGUGUGUUGGGGGCUGCGAACAAUGGCAGCUUUCUGUCAGAGAGCAACUUCAAAGGUCCGUUGAGUGACUGCUCUGAGUUAUACUUUGUUGUAGAUCACUGAGGAAAUUCACAGAUGUUUUCUCAUACGAGACACCAUUAUAGCGGCUCAAGUACCCAGUAGCCUCCAGCGUCUCCCUCUCCCUCUCUCUCUCUCCCUCCCUCCCUCUGACUUCCAUUCUCACACAUCCACACUCCCUCUCACUCCUCCUCCUCCUCCUCCCCCUCCUCCUCCUGUUCCUCCUCCUACCCAGUCUCUGAUAUCUCUGGUAGGAGACAGAUGUGGAACCUGCUUUCGCUCCAACUGUCCAGAGAAUAUGGAGAGUUAAAAGAGGGCCUGUGUUGUGGCGCUGCCCUUUGACUCUGUCAGAUGCGAAGAACUCAACUGUCAGUUCACCCCAGCGUGUCAAAAUCUCACUCUUCUUCUGUCAAUCCCACCUAUUUCUUCUUUGUAACUUUGGUUCUUUAUCUUUAAAAUAAAUCAAUGGAAACUUAUAUUCAAGAAAAUAUAAGAAAUUCAAGAAAAUAUAUUCAAGAUUAUUGUACUAAAUGAAUAACCUAUA